ACUUUCAGCUGGUUUCUUUACAGCCGUAGUUCGUAAACAUGUAAGGAAAUGUUAGAACAGAAAAUUCAACAAAAAGAAAAAAGAAACUAAGGCCCAACCCAACUACGGGAUAUUAAAACAUGUGCAGAAUAAAUUUGAUGUAGAAAAUUGAAUUACUAAAAACAGAAAGAGAAAGGGAAGGCCAUCAUUUCCACAAGUUCGACACUAUUGCAGACAGACCUGCCAUUCCCAAGGCCUCUUUCUGGGUUUCUCAAAUCACUUCCAUAAAUUAACAAAAAAAGAAAAAGAAAAAAACAAAACGACACCGUCUCUAACCUCUCAGUAAAAAAAUCAGCAUGGCUUUGACAUGCUAUCAUCUUCCGCAAAGCCUUCACUGCAAUCCACCAAAUGCAGUGGUGAUAAUCAGGUCAUCUUCAAAAUCAAAUAUAUCUCAAACCCAAAUCAAGAAACUUUGCUUGAAGUGUAAUACCCUUUAUCUUGAUAAAGAUAAUUCUCCUACUGCUUGCUCUUUCCAUGGCCAUUCCACUGGCGAGAAGGGAUUAUUUUCAUUGGCUCCACCGCACCAAGGGAUCGAUGGAGAAUGGACUGAUGCGUCUGGAGUAAUUGUUUAUAAAUGGAAUGAGAAGAGUAACAGACCAAAUACUGGAAGUGCCAAUUGGAAGAAGAGAUGGAGCUGCUGUGCAGAGUAUGAUGAAAAUGCCCCGCCUUGUCGACAAGGAUGGCAUGCUUCGUAUGAUGAUGGAUUCACUUUGUACUAGUCCAAGUCGGCCUGAAUCAGAUCGUAAAUUUAGCAGCAUAAGGAAUGCAAUAACAAUUAUUUUCCGGUGCUAUAAAUCAUGGUGGGCAAUUAUGUAGCAUUUAGGAUGAAGUGGAGAUACAUGCUCAGAGUCUGCUUGGACAAAAUUGAUGCUUAUGCAAUCACUCAAACAGGUUUUAGUCUGGACUGUUGAAGCAUUAGUCAAUUAGAGGCAUUGGCUAUGUAUUGUAGCACUAAUUAUUUUCAUCAUACAUCACGAUUAGAACUGACCGCAGAUCAGUUUCGUUUUCUUGUUCUUUUGAUAACCAGAGAUUUACUGAAAAUCGCCCGAGUUUCCAAUGGGUUUUUCUUUGGUUCAAA